AAACCAUAAUUACUAAAUGAAUUAUUACGGUAUCAAUUGGUAAUUAAUUUUCUGUAGAAAAAUGUAAACUUUAACCAUUUAAAAUAAGAAAAUAAAAAGGAGCUAUUUUUUCUUUUUAAAUUAAAUUAAACCCAUCUUCUUCCCCCAACUAACUAUACACUUUUACUGAAAUGAAGAAAGUGGAGCUCAUCUUAUCCCCACGCCGACCAUCAGCCACCUCACCUCCGCCAUCCAACUCGCCCACCUUCUCCUAAGUCCACACCCUUUUCUCUCAAUCACCAUUUUCAUCUUUAAAGACCCUUUCCCCACCAGAUCCCCCCAUCAAAUGCAAUCUCUCUGUUCCUCCUCUGCCAACGAUCGCCUUCGAUUCUUCACUCUCCCGGAGCAACCCAUCCCCGGCGACGCCAAAAAAGUCACCAUCCUCAAACCCCUUGUCGAAUCCCAGAAACAAAAUGUCGCCGACGCCGUCGCUAAUCUCAUCGCCGCGCCGGAUUCCCCUACACUCGCUGGCUUCGUCGUCGACAUGUUCUGUAUUCCAAUGGUGGAUGUUGCCAAACAAUUUUCUGUUCCCACUUUCGUCUUCUACACUUCUAGUGCUUCGUUCCUUUCCCUUCUCUUCCAUCUUCAAGAACUCUACGACCAUGAAUUCAAUCACAACAUGGACCAAUUGCUCAACUCUGCAACAGAGUUCGCCGUCCCGGGUUUCAAGAAUCCGAUUCCGAGGAAAGUGAUUUCCACCAUGUUUUACGAUAAGGAAACGAAUGAAUGGGCAUUCGAUAUCGCUCGCAAGUUCAGAGAAGCAAGUGGGUUUUUAGUCAACACAUUUUCCGAGCUCGAAUCCGGUGCAAUUAACUGGUUCGCCAAUCAGAAUCUCCCGCCGGUGUAUGCCGUCGGACCCAUUUUGAAUCUGAAGGAAAAAAAUCCUCAAAUAAAACGGGAUGAGAUAUUGAAGUGGUUAGACGAGCAGCCGCCGUCGUCGGUGGUGCUCCUCUGUUUCGGAUCAAUGGGAAUGUUCAACGAAUCUCAAAGCAAAGAGAUUGCAGAUGCCUUAGAGCGAAGUGGAGUCCGAUUCAUCUGGUCCAUACGGCAGGUACCACCGGAGAGCGUUCUGCCGGAAGGGUUCGUGGGUCGAACAAGGGGAAGGGGAAAGGUGAUGGGGUGGGCGCCGCAGAUGGAAAUAUUGGAACAUCCGGCGACGGGAGGGUUUGUGUCGCACUGCGGGUGGAAUUCAGUGCUGGAGAGUUUGUGGAGCGGUGUGGCGGUGGCGACGUGGCCGAUGUAUGCGGAGCAGCAGUUGAAUGCGUUUCAGCUGGCGGUGGAGUUGGGAGUGGCGGUGGAGGUGUCGUUGGAUUAUAGUAUGGUGGGGGCGGGGGAGGAGGAGUUGAGGGCGGAGAAGAUUGAGGCGGGGAUUAGAAAGUUAAUGGAAGGUUCAGAGGAGAUUAAGAAGGCAGUGAUGGUUAAGAGUGAGGAAAGUAAGAAGGCAACAAUGGAGGAUGGAUCUUCUUUUAAUGAUCUUAAUCGUUUUAUCAAUCAUGUGUUCCAUAAUAUUAAUACCCAUUGAUUUGACUUGUGUGUUUCAUCUACCAUGCCAUGAAGAAUGAAUGGGAGAAUACAGUUUGUUUCCUUUUCAAAA